CUCGAGAGGGGGUGCGUUUCACGGCAGGGGUGCUUAUUUUGGCACAACACCUCAUCGUCGCUCGUUAGUUAGUGACCUCUGGUUUAGGGGUGCGUGUAUCGCUGUCCACUGCUCGGGUGCUGAAAGUUCUGAGGUAGUCGCUCCCACGAACUGAACUUCUUUUUUUCCUUCUUCUACUUCUUCUUCUUCUCAUUACUCGUUUUUCCGCGGAGGUAUAGUGUUUGAUUCGGUCAGUUAAUUAACAGGGUGAGUCGAAAUGUUUUGGACGUUUCUUUUUGCAUGAAAACUUAGAGACGAUUAUCUUUUGAUGCAGGAAAAUAAGUGCAGGGAUUUAUUUUCCCGUUUUUGUUUUUUUAAACACUUUUGUAGGCUAUUUUAGAAGGCACCUUGGACACUGGUUACAGUUAGAGUCUGAGCAGAACACAAACCUUUGCAGUCAGUCUGUGAUGGGAGUGAAGUUUCCGACGCAGUAAAUAUUGUAACGUUAUUCCUUAAUAAUAUAAUUUUGUGGGUUUCCUGCCGCGCGCCUUUUACACUGGAUUAUUUAUGUUGGUACUUGUGACCAUGCCUUUUGAUUGGAGCUGCUUUGAUCCGCCCCGGUGCUCAGUCCACGGUGGCGUGAAUCAGCUCGGCGGUGUCUUCAUUAACGGGCGUCCGUUACCGCACGCGGUGAGACAGCGCAUUGUGGAGCUCUCGCGGCACGGCGUACGUCCGUGUGAGAUCUCCCGCCGUCUGCGUGUCAGUCAUGGCUGUGUCAGCAAAAUACUCACCAGGUACAAUGAGACAGGGAGCAUCAAGCCAGGAUUGAUUGGUGGUUCUAAGCCCAAAGUGGCCACUCCCACAGUUGUGCAAAGGAUUCUGCACCUGAAACACAACAACCCCACCAUGUUUGCCUGGGAAAUCAGAGACAGGCUGGUGCUGGAGCAAGUGUGCAGCCAAAAUGGAGUGCCCAGCAUCAGCUCCAUCAACAGGAUCAUCAGGAACAAAGUCAAAUCUAAGUCUUGUGAAGUUGCUUCAUCAGUCUCCAUGGGAACAGACUGUUCUUCUCAGUCCAGUUUUUCCAUCUGUGGGAUUCUGGGAAUCAGAAAACACAGCAGCAAACAUGAGAAAGGAGCAGGCAAUUCCAGCGGGGAGCACUACAAUCAUCAGCGUUCCUGCUGUGGCACCUGGGGACAGUCGGAGCCGUGCCUGACCUGUGUCUUUGCUGCUAGCAAAUCGUAAACCACACCUGCUAAUUUAGCCUGCAUCAAUAGGUGACAUAUGCUGACAUGAUUUCAGCUCACAUAUCUUUUUCUCAUCUGUCCUCUCAUUUAGGGGCAUCAUGUUAGAGCUGAAGAAAAAAAAUCUGUAUUACCUCUGACAUCAAGACAGUUUGAAAUAAAUUGAA